GCGGCAGUGUGCAGGUUACAAAAAGAUCCGUGUUUCUGGGGAGACAAACAGAGGGAAACGGUCCAGAGGGGAAAUGUAACGACACCAGCAUGAGGGAGAAGAGGACCGAAUUUAAGGAGAAGGACAGUUUUGGGAUGAAUGAUGGAAGGACUGGGAAAAGAGAGAUCCAUAUGCAGCUCUAGACCCUACCCAUGGCUCGGCCCGACCAAAACAGAAGCCUCAACUUUGCUGUGGAAACUCAAAGACUGCUUUUCCAACAAUGCAACACCGUCUACCAACACUGAUAAAGAAAGCAGUUACAUGGAGAGUAGAAAGCCUGUGCUGGACUUAAAAGAUGUCCCUCAUCCUCCUGCUCCUCUGCAUCACAAUGUCGCUCCCCAACUCUUCUCUCUCGCCUCUUUCCCCAUUCCACCGCCACCUUGCUUGCCUCCACCUCCUUCAAUUCCUCAGCAGCCAGCCCCACCACCACUGUCCCAGCAGCAACAGGGGUCUAGCCCCAAAGUAAGCACUUGCUCCUAUUGUGAAUACUGUGGCACAGGGCACUACAACACUAUAGGUGGUGGAGCUGGUGUUGGCAAUAGUGGUAGCAACGAAGGUCCCCUCUCGUUUUACAUAGCCUCAGACUCGUUGAGAGUACCCAGCCCCAACACCAAAGUUUACAGCUCUGGGCCUUGUUCUAAGCCAUCAUCUGUUCAGUAUAAACACAAUUUAAGCUGUGGAAGCCAUGAUGAAUCUUUAGCUACGUGGAGCAGUCAUAGUUACACAUCCCAGCUGCCAUCUUCCGUUGCUACCUCACAACCUGUAUCUUCAAAUCCUUAUGCACCUGGCUGUUCAGAACUGUUGCUCCCCUACCCAUCACUGUCCUGCAGCCAAUCAAACCAGUUUCCCUCUUCAGCUCCUCCGGUCCCCUCUCUUCCCUCUACAUGUGCACCUUUGCAUGGCUCCUGUUUGGCUUCUUCUGGGUACUACCCAUGUGGUGUAGACUGCAGCCCUUUGACCAGAAGAGCCCAAAGAAGCACAACACUGGGUGACCAUACCACCACCACUAUAUCCACUACCACCACCUCAUCACACUUUUGCUCUAUACCUAUGCACCUAAAUAUAGAACGCACGGUUGGUGUGAAGGGUGCACAGCACUGCCAAGAGUGCUUGCUUAAGUCUGCACCUCGUGUAGUGUCGGAAUCCGACAAAGGGUGGCCCAAUGUUCCUCUUCUCCAGACCGCGCCGAUCCCCAUUUGUAAUGGCUGUAACACAUCUGCAGAAGGAAAAACGGGACAGAAAUAUGGCUCUCCUGAAAGUGGUGGUUCUGAAAAUAUCCCUCCUGUUGGGGUAUUCUGGGAUAUCGAAAACUGCAGCGUUCCCUCCGGGCGCUCUGCAGCUGCUGUGGUCGAGCGAAUACGCAGCCGCUUUUUCCAGGGUCACCGUGAGGCAGAGUUUAUCUGUGUGUGUGACAUCAGUAAAGAGAGUAAAUGUGUUAUCCAAGAGCUCAACAACUGCCAGGUCACAGUUGCCCAUAUUAAUGCCACAGCCAAAAAUGCUGCUGAUGACAAGCUUCGUCAAAGUCUGCGUCGCUUUGCUGAGACCCACACUGCACCAGCUACAGUUGUAUUGGUAUCCUCUGAUGUGAACUUUGCCAGUGAACUCAGUGAUCUGCGCCAUCGCCAUGGUUUCCAGGUGAUCCUCGUCCAUAAUCACGCCUCGCCCGCUCUUCUGCAGCACGCCAACUGCCACGUGGCCUUUCAGGAGCUCACUGCCGAUUUACCACCGAGAAUGGUCAAUGACAAGCCCACUUUCAACCUCCUCUAUGUGCACAACCUUCCCAUCGCCCGUGACAAGAGCCAACUCAAUGCUGUGAAACUGAGGCUCCGCCGGUUGUCUGCUAACUGUGGUGGCAAGGUCUUGGGUGUGUCCUUCGGGACAGCAGUCCUGCGCUUUGGCAGUCCUGCCGCAGCCGCACGUGCAUGUAAACGAAUGGAGAAUGAAGAUGUGUUUGGUCAUCGCAUCAGCGCAUCCUUCUCACCCUGGCCCACAGAAGAGCCCAGACCUGAUCACAAUUUUCAGGCUUACCUUCAUCAAGUUCUCCAGGCUCUGCCUCAGCCCCUCCCAAUCCACAGCCCAAUGUUUGCCCCACACUUUUCCUCUUCACCUUUUCUACCCCUGGACAAAACCAGGUCACCCAGGAGGCCACGCUUCCGAGCUGCCCGCCAGGUGCCUGAACUGCCCUUCAGCCUCAGGAGAGGGUGCAGUGGGCCUCCCCAUGGUGCUCCAUUCACAGCUCUUCAGGAGGUGAGCUGUGUGGAUGGUAAGCCCAAUGUCUUUCCAGACAAAGGCCCACGUGCCGCGUCUUCCUCACCUCGUCGUAAUGAGGCGGGAACCCUGAAUCAAGUCCCCAAGUCUGCACUCUCUGGAGAAUCUCUGUACAGAAGGAGAAGGGAUGGUUCAAGCCCUCGAAGCACAAAUGAGUUCCCUAUUGAACGGGAGAGGACUGUGGGAGAGUUUCAGAUCAGCACACCCUCAGCUUUCAGCAAACUCAACCUGCAGCAGAGCUUCAGUCCCCACGUGCUUUCGCAGGGAUCAUGGUCUUCAAGGAGCGUAUCUCCCUGCUUGUCAAGCCGUUCUUCGCCCUUGCUUGCUCCUCCUCGUAGUCCAUGUCCUGAAACUUCUGAGCCUUUUUCUGAUGGAGCUGAGGUCCAAGCGGCCAACCUGGAUUAUAGGAUGUCCCGCAAAGAUCUCCAGCAAACUCUUCAUGAGACAUUCUCUAGAUAUGGACAGGUUAAGUCAGUGGAGCUGAGCCCUCACACAGACUAUCAGCUGAAAGCCACAGUGCAAAUGGUGUCUUUACAGGAUGCCAUCAGUGCAGUUAGUGGUCUGCACCGCUAUAAAAUUGGAGGCAAGCGUAUUCAAGUGUCUUUGGUCACUGGAGGCAGCAACAAAUCUCUGACCAUGCUUAGCAGUGAGAUUAUAAGUAUUCUCCAGGAUGCACCUGCAAAUUGCCUUCCACUUUUCAAAUUCACUGAAAUCUAUGAGAAAAAAUACUUCAGAAAGCUCAUGGUUGGAGAUCUGUACAGGCUACCUGAAGUGGUUUCUGUGCGUGAACAGGCAGGGUCACGGCUCGUUUGCCUUUUACAUAGCAGCCAGAUCCGUCAGAGCCCACUGGGGUCCUCUCAGUCUCAGGAGGGAUCAUCCUCAGCUAGUGGCAGCCCUGUUGUUUUUGAAGAGCUGGAGUACCAUGAGCCCAUCUGCAGACAGCACUAUGCACAGCAAGACUUCAGUGAAGCUGAUUUUGAUCCUGACGCUUACAAAAUCCCAUUUGUGGUGAUGUCUGUGAGUGCUUUGACCUCUGAUGUCCACACUUUGUUGCAUUCUCAUGAGGGAACCCUUCCACUGCUUAGUUUUCCAGACUGCUAUGCUGCUAAAUUCAGCCCCCUGCAGUUGGGAAAUGAGACACUAGAGGGGGGUGUUCCUUUGGAGCACCUCAUAACCUGUGUUCCCAGUAUCACAAUAGUCACAGCUCAGAAUGGCUUCAAGAUCAUCAAGUGGAUUCACAAUAAACCACCGGCACCCAACAGUGAGCCGUGGAUACAGCGCUGCAAGAGUCCAGUGGGUAACCCUCAGCUCAUUCAAUUCAGUCGUGAGAUAACUGACCUUUUAAAGAGCCAGACGUCCUGCAUUAUGCCCAUCAGCAAAUUCAUCCCCUCAUACCACCAUCACUUCGCCAAACAGUGUCGUGUCUCAGACUAUGGCUACUCCAAACUUUUGGAGCUGCUUGAAGCAGUGCCACAUGUGCUUCAGAUUUUGGGCAUGGGAACAAAAAGGCUGUUAACUUUAACACAUCGAGCUCAAGUGAAGCGCUUCACCCAGGAUUUGCUCAAACUCCUCAAGUUUCAAGCCAGCAAACAAGUGACAAUCAAGGACUUCAUGCAAGCAUACCACUGGUGCUUCUCCAGGGACUGGCGGGUCAUUGACUACGGUGUGUGUGACUUGAUGGACUUGCUAAAUGAGAUUCCCGACACAACUAUCACUAUUACAAACCAGGACCCAGACACUGUCAUCUCUGUCCCCAAAAGAGAGCGUACUUCUGAAGAAAUGGACCGCACCAAGCAGUUUGGGAAGGAGGUAGUAGAUCUGCUCCGCCAUCAACCUCACUGCAGGAUGCUCUUCAGUAAAUUCAUUCCCACAUACCACCAUCAUUUUGGGCGCCAGUGCAAGCUCAGCUACUACGGCUUUACAAAACUCAUGGAGCUCUUCGAAGCAAUUCCUGAUAUACUCAUGGUGCUAGAGUGUGGGGAGGAGAAAGUCCUGACUCUGACAGAAGUGGAGCGGAUCAAGGCUCUAGCUGCACAGCUUGUCAAACUGCUCCGAGCCCAAAAGAACUCCAGUCUCCCCGUGAGCCAGCUGCUCACUGAGUACAGCAAAACCUUUGGCUAUGGGCUUCGACUGCAGGACUAUGAUGCUAGCUCCCUCCCUGCUCUGCUUGCAAUGCUCUGUCAUGUUGUCAAGGUGGUGGAUGGGAGUGAGGGUCGUGAGGUGCAACUGAUCAACAGAAAGUCCCUGCGUUCACUCACCUCUCAGAUCCUGGCUCUGCUCAUGUCCCAGGAAGAGGAGCAGGUUUCCAGGGGUCUGAGGGUGGACGAGGUCAGCAAUCUGUAUCUGAGUGUGUAUGUAGCACCUCUCAACCCAUGUGAAUAUGGGUUCCUCUCUCUCAGUGAGCUUCUUAAGAGCCUGCCUUAUCUUGUUGAGUUGUACAAUGAAGGUGAGGAAGGCAGCUUGAUGCACGAGAGAGUGAGACUCACCAGGCUAUACCAGUUUGCACGCAAUGUCCGUGCUCUGCUCCAAACCUACCAUUACAACCAGAUUUUCCUGACAGAAUUUCCUGGAGCUUAUCACAAAUUUACAGGGUGCAGCCUUGAGCCACGCUCAUUUGGAUACAACAACAUUGAUGAGCUGCUCAGUGCCAUCCCACAGGUGGUCUGGAUCAAAGGGCACAGUCACAAGAGGAUUAUCGUUUUGAAAAACGAUAUGAAGGCAAGAGUAAGUACAUCAGUCCCCAACAGCCCACAGCCAAGUGACAAUACGGAAAGUCCAAGAGAGAGUCCUGUCAGCAGUGUGAUUUCAGAUUCUCAGAGUUCAGGCGGUGCCGAGCUGCUGUCUUCGGUCUCUCCAUUAGACCUUCUAUGUGGACCUGUCCCGUCCUGCCUCCCCUCACCUCAGCUACACCCUGACCCUGUUCUCCAGUUGGACUUGAUUCAUUUUGAGGAAAAACUACCCACAACUGAGAGUUCUGAAGCUACAGUUGAGAGGACAGCUGAUCCACCUGAGCGAGAGGACACAGAGAACACUGUCCCGCCACAGCAGCCAACCUCAAAGGGAGCCAACAGCCCCCGAAGAGUGUCCCGCAGCAGGUUCAAGCUUGCAGCCAAUUUCACCUUCACCACAGGGCUCUGAGUCUUUCUGGCAGAUCUAAACUCCUUAAACUGGUCUUCACAGGUACAAUUCUGAUAGACAAGUUGCUGUAUUAAACACCAUAAACAAGUGCCCUAAGAGUAUUGGCAAUGUGCUCUCUGUAUCCUUUAUUCUCAUUUGGUCUCUUUGACUCAAUAUCCCUUCAUUUUCACCCCAUGUGCAUUUUUGUUUUUGCAGAUUUUCUGCAAGUGUUCAAUUUGACACAGCCUUUUAAUAAUGUUUUAAUGCAAAAUGGGUAAAAACACAUGUUAAAGAACAAAAAAAAUGUCUAAAAUAAGUUAGUUGUCACUGUAAAGGGUAAUCUGUUAGUUGGUCUUCUAGAGCAAAGAAUGGUUUCCAACAUUAUCAGUUUAAAAUGAUAAAGACAUUGUCUAGUUAAAUAUGUUUAACAUAUUAUGUCUGACAAAACUAAGUUCUAUUGUGUUUAUCAUUUCCUUUGUGAGGUGAACUUAGAUUUGUUAGUGGGACCAGGGAAAAGGCGCCAAUUUAAGUUUGUCUUUUUGGGGCUAACAUUUUGUGAUCAUGUUGAGGUUUACUUUUCUCUUACAUUCUAGUCUUUUGUCUCUGUCAAAAGCCUCAAGACAUUUUUGGAGUAAGGAUAUUUUGUUGGAAGACUUUGGUACCAUCAGUUAGCUCUUGGAGAUGCACCAAGAAUUAAAGUGAAAUAAUCAUGACUCAUGUUUUAUUACUGGUAUGGAUACUCAUGAGUUAAAAUGGCUGGAAUCAUUUUAAAACUAGUGCUAUGAACAGUUAGAUCUUGACCCAAAGAUAUCUCUCAAAUGCUCUCUAUUCAUGUUACUGAAGUUUGUUUUUUGUCUUCAGCUGUAGCCAACAGGAACUUGUUUUAACUAUAGUUUGGGGCUGACACUGGAGUAGGUGGUGUGAAAUAUGCUGAGUGCAUAACAAAGCUUAUGCAUAGUGUUAGCCCACAGACUUGAUGUUUUUUGCCCCCGGAGAUGGCCCUCUUAUUGCUGCUUUUGUCAGUUCAAGGUUUGAGUGAACCUUGUUGCUGGGAGACUCAUGACUCAGAUGGCAUAUCAAUGGCAGCAGAGGGCACUCUUGGUUCAGUUUUUAUUUAAUAAAAGGGAGAAUGGGUUUUUGGAGGGGUAAUAUGGGGAGGUAAGUUGGUUGCAUGGGUGGGUGUUUAUGAAGAUGACUCUUGUGCCCAGUGUACCCACUGUGGUGCCCUGAGAUCUGCCUGGCUUUUACAAUGGCUUGUAUCUGCCAUGGCACUAAAGGAGAUGCCACGUACCCCCCUGUCCCUCUAAUCUUGAAGAUUUUACCUAAGCAUUGGUUUCUAUUGGUCAUAAUGUAACCGUGUUGGCUGUUGAGAUUGAGCAGGUCCCUGUACCACCAAAGUUGGCACAAGUUUGAUUUUUAGAUGAAAUGGCACAAACUCCAUUGAGCCAGAUUCUGUGUAGACCUCUGUUCUGAGUUUCCUUUUGUAAGACCUGGUUGUAAUUUAGCAUUUUAGUGAUAGCCAAAAGUCUAAUCAAUGUUUUUAAAUGGUCUGUUUUGGUGUACUUCACCUGCACUGCUUUACUGACAGUCUGGAAACCUCUUUAAUAAAUGAAUUUGGAGCUAGGUCUUAUGUAGAUUGAGAUAUAAUGAUUAAAAGUACUAAAAUUACGCAUUUAGUGAAACAAGUUUGAAAGAAACGGUGACAACUAACUUAAUUUUAUUCUUCCCUUGGGUACAUCAGUGAGAAACUACUGCUUUGGUUAAAUAUGCACUCUGCAUAUUUUGUAAAAUGUGUUGCGGUAUUUUAGAUGGUUACGUCUCAACUUGAUUUGCCGUAAAUUUGGUCACAUUAUGUUUACUAUUUUAAACAUUUCUCAAAUUACUGUUUUAUGGUUUAGUGCUACAAAUGUGGAUUUACUUGAUCAUGUCUGCCUUUUGUUAAGUAUUACUGAUGUGCAAACCAUCCCAAACAGUUGCUGUAACAGUUGAACAUUGUUAAAGGGGACCAAGAGGAGUAAUUUUAAUAAACGUCGCA